UGACGCAGAGAAUAUGAUUCUCCCAUGGUCAUAUCUCGCCGUUCUCUUUCUCUUUCUCUUUCUCUGUGAAGCCAGCGAAGCGAAGUCGUUGUUUCAGUUGCGUUUAGUCAAGCCAGACGCAGAGACGGAGAAAGCACGAGAGAAUAAUGAGUUCCGUGAGAGGAGUAAUCUUCGACGAAUCGCUGCUGCUACUCUCCGCCGCUCCAAAUGAAAACGACGCUUCAUUUCAGCUGCUAUCGGGAGCCUCCUGUUUGCUUCGUAAGCUCCAUCAUUCGAAAAUCCGUACGGGAGUUUCAUAUGGUCUCGGCCUUUCGUCUGAUAAGGUGAUUGCAUUGAAGAGGAUUGCUACGGAAUACUUGUGUGAUUGCUUUCUUUUGGAUGCAUCUGUAGAUGGUGCUGCAAAUGAGAUAAACCAAGCAUGGGGUGACAAAGGAGGGAGUAUUUUGUAUGUUGUUUCUGAAAAGAAGGAUGCCUUUCAUAAACCUAGUUCCCAUUGGAUGAUUAUUGUUGUGGGUGUUGAAAGUGCAAGUGUGUCUGAUAAUUCAAGCAUACUUUAUAUCAACAGGCUAGAAGAGUUGCCUAUGGCCAUUUGCCAGUUGAACAAAAAGGCAACCGGCAACAAUGCUUUGAUGGUUGGAUAUGUCAUGAAGCCUUCACGUGAAGAAGAUUUUUCCAAGAGGGGUGCAUUUCCAAUGAAUCCUACUCCAAACGGCUUGAUUUUUGUGCCUCUCACAUUUGAGAUGCCUCUAUCAUCUCAAUUACAAGGCGUUGACAUAGUUCUCCAUAAAGCAACAGAUGAAAUCAAGUCCAUCAAUUUGGGAAGCAAUUCAGAUUUUUCCAACAGAAUCACUUUCACCUCAAGAAUGCAGGAACUGCAAAGGCUUAUGGAGGAUCACUCUAAUUUCUUUGUAAUCGACCCUCUUGAUAAUAUUUACCCAGUAUUGGAUCGGCUGAAAAUCCAACUAGUUUUGCGUGGUCUGCAAGAUCUCAAUGCGGAAGGUGGCCAUACAAUCAGGGGGCCCCAUUUUCUCAAGGUUAAUGAUUUUAAUGAAUCUGAUUUGGCACAAAGACUACCAGAAGCUAAAUUAUCUUUUCCAUGUAUAGUGAAACCUCAAGUUGCCUGUGGUGUUGCUGAUGCUCAUAGUAUGGCAAUUGUUUUUGAAAUAGAAGAUUUUAAGCAUUUGAGUGUUCCUCUUCCUGCUAUUGUUCAGGAAUACAUAAACCACUCAUCUACUCUGUUCAAGUUUUAUGUAUUGGGUGAGACUGUUUUCCAUGCAAUUAAGAAGUCAAUCCCAAAUUCCAGUACUUUGAGGAAAUCAUAUGAAAGAAACAGCUUAAAGCCUAUAUCGUUUGAUAGCUUAAAGUCUCUACCUACCAACACUGAAAGUCCGCAUCCAGGAGAUGCAGUUUCCUGUAAGGUUGAUCUUGAUCUCGAGCUAGUCAAAGAUGCUGCAAAAUGGCUUGCAAGAACACUUGAUCUUACAAUAUUUGGCUUUGAUGUAGUUGUUCAAGAAGGCACCGGUGACCAUGUCAUCGUGGACGUAAACUACCUCCCAUCAUUCAAAGAAGUAGAUAACGAUAUUGCCAUACCAGCCUUCUGGGUCGCCAUUAAAAUGAAGUAUGAAUUGAGAGCUUCCACAUCUUGAGCCUUUUUGGCAAUUGGAAAGUCAAUGUAGCCAAGGUAAAAUUUCUUGAGUUCUGAAUAAUAAUUUACUUUCAUGCAAAAAUUUCUCAAGACAUUGUUCUUCAUUUUAAUGUCAUUUUGAAAACUAAUGAACCAGUAAUGAAAAUAUGCGUUUAUUAUAUUCAA